AUGUGGGAAUAUAUUAAAAAAGCCAUGUUAAGCCACCUUUCCUUUAGCUUCUCGGCCACCUGGAAUUGGAUUCGAGCUUUCUGGAGAAAGAAUGGCCUAUUGACUCUUUCGAUGCUUUCUGUUGUAACUGGAUGCCUGCUGGGAUUUCUGCUAAGGGUUUUGGAGCUGACCGAACUGGAGAAGCAAUACUUUUCUUUUCCUGGAGAGCUCCUUAUGAGGAUGCUAAAAAUGCUGAUUCUACCCCUCAUUACUUCUAGCCUGAUGUCUGGCUUGGCCACCAUGGACUCCAAGGCUUGUGGGAAAAUGGGGUUGAUCACAAUCACGUAUUACCUUUGGACGACAUUCAUGGCUGUGACUGUUGGGAUUGUGCUUGUAAUCAGCAUUCACCCAGGUGCUGCUGCCCAAAAAGAGGAAUAUACUGUGAACAAAGUGGUGUUAAGUUCUGCAGAUGCCUUACUGGAUUUAAUCAGAAAUAUGUUUCCUUCUAACCUGAUUGAGGCUUCAUUCCAGCAGUAUCGAACAGUUCUCGUCCCAGUGGUAAAAUCUUCAGGCUUUCCGAAGAUGCCAGGGAAUUCUCUCAGCUUCAUUUACUUUGUACCUGACGAUGAGAAUCCUGAAAUUCAAAGGGCUGUGCUACUUGAGAUUACCCCGUCUCCUCAAAUGACCUACCGGACCCUGCCAGGGACCAGCAAUGAAAUGAAUGUCUUGGGGAUUGUUAUCUUCUCUGCUACAAUAGGUCUCCUUCUAGGGAAGAUGGGUGAGCGUGGAACUCCGUUAGUUAACGUGUGCCAGUGUCUGAAUGAGGCUGUUAUGAAAAUUGUCUCCAUUGCAGUUUGGUACUUCCCAUUUGGCAUUGUGUUUCUCAUUGCUGGGAAGAUUUUGGAGAUGGAGGAUCCGGCUAUGAUUGGAAAGAAAUUGGGACUCUAUGCCAUAACAGUGGUGACAGGGCUAGUCAUCCAUGGACUUAUACUCUUGCCUUUGCUUUUCAUACUCAUUACCAGGAAAAACCCCUUUACUUUCAUACAGGGAAUACUGCAAGCUCUACUGAUUGCUCUCGCAACAUCAUCCAGCUCAGCAACCCUGCCCAUCACCCUGAAAUGUCUUCUGGAAAACAAUGGGAUCGACAGACGAGUGGCACGAUUUGUCCUUCCUGUUGGCGCAACCAUUAACAUGGAUGGGACUGCACUGUAUGAGGCAGUAGCUGCAAUCUUUAUUGCUCAGGUCAACGAGUAUGAUUUGGACUUGGGACAAAUUAUAACUAUAAGCAUAACAGCAACAGCAGCAAGCAUAGGUGCAGCAGGUAUGGUCAUUGUUCUGACUUCUGUUGGCCUUCCCACUGAUGACAUCACACUGAUUAUUGCAGUAGACUGGGCUUUAGAUCGACUUAGGACAAUGACCAAUGUCUUAGGUGAUGCACUGGCUGCGGGCAUCAUAGCACAUGUUUGUCAGAAAGAUUUUGCACCAAAGCCAGAGAAACAAGAUCCAAUGAGCAACACAGAGAAGCUUUCUUCUGCAGAGAACUUGCUUCUCCCGCCCAAAGACCAUGUGAUGGAAAUGAUUGUAGAAACAUUGUCUGAACAAACAGGAGUUAAUUACAAUAUUUGCCAGGUGUAAUGACAGCAGCAUUUUCAUUCCCAGGAAGAGGAUUUUGGUGCUAAAACAUUGCCACUGUACUCUGUGUAUACAUAUGUCUUACUGUGCACAAAGACGACAGAAAAAUCCAUUAUUUUCGAUGGAGGUAUUUGGGAGGCUCUAGACCACUAUAACAGCAAAAUUAUACUGCCCAGAAGUUAAAUCAGAAGUAGUAGUGCCAAUUGCUUGUGGCUUCAGAUGGAAAUGCUACAUCUAUGAAGUUGUCUUGACAGUCCAAAGCAACAGAUUUUUUUUUUUUACACUAGUGAAUUUCAUGACACUAGUUUCUCAGCACAAAUUUUUUUUCUAGGAUAGAGGGAUGGACAGCUAGUUUAAGAGAAUCUUAGCUGGUGUUUUAAAAAGGGGUUGAGACAAGGCAGAGCGUUGUCACCUUCUAGUAAUGACUUUUGCCCAAUCUCUGUUACCAGUCUGUGUCCAUUUGCAUUAUGUUUGUUAAGCAGAUCAUUUUGGCCCAUCACAUUUUUGAAAUGUUGUUGUUAAAUCUUUGGACUUUGAAAAUCACACGGAUUUUAGGAGCAGAGUUGUUUUGGAAUGUUCCAUUUUUUUUUCACUCCCAGCAACCAUUGCUGGAUCUAUUAAUGACUGCUCAAUCUAGUAUAGGAAAGAUGCGGAUACUAAACAGUAAGAUUUUUGGAAUGAAUAGCAAAAUGGGUUCAUGUUGAGAGUGGACUACAAGAAUCAAAUGUCUGUAAAUCAUGUUCCUUUAUGAAAAAUUUGAACCUAAAUGCAAACCACUCGUGCAGACAUG